UUCUCCCUCGACUUGGGUCCGGGAAGAACGAACCAUGAAGUGGCUGCUGCUUCUCGGCCUGCUGGUGCUGUCCGAGUGCACCGUCUACAAGGUCCCCCUUGUCAGGAAGAAGUCCUUGCGGCAUAACCUGCUCAAGCAUGGCCUGCUGAAGGACUUCCUGAAGAAGCACAGCAUCAACCCAGCCAGCAAGUACUUCCCCCAGGAGGCCACCAUGCUGUCCACCCAGCCCCUGGAGAACUACCUGGACACGGAGUACUUCGGCACCAUCGGCAUCGGAACCCCCACCCAGGACUUCACCGUCGUGUUUGACACCGGCUCCUCCAACCUGUGGGUGCCCUCGAUCUACUGCUCCAGCGCUGCCUGCACCGAUCACAACCGCUUCAACCCCGAGGACUCCUCCACCUACGAGGCCACCAGCCAGUCCAUCUCCAUUACCUAUGGCACCGGCAGCAUGACAGGCAUCCUCGGAUACGACACCGUCCACGUUGGAGGCAUCUCUGACACCAACCAGAUCUUCGGCCUGAGUGAGUCAGAACCCGGCUCCUUCCUGUACUACGCUCCCUUCGACGGCAUCCUGGGCCUGGCCUACCCCAGCAUCUCCGCCUCCGGGGCCACCCCCGUCUUUGACAACAUAUGGGACCAGGGCCUGGUUUCCGAGGACCUCUUCUCCGUCUUCCUGAGCUCCGACGACAAGAGUGGCAGCGUGGUGAUAUUUGGUGGCAUCGAUUCUUCUUACUACACUGGAGAGCUGCACUGGGUGCCUGUUUCUUACGAGGGUUACUGGCAGAUCACCGUGGACAGCAUCACCAUGGACGGAGAGACCAUCGCUUGCAGUGAGGGCUGCCAGGCCAUCGUUGACACCGGCACCUCCCUGCUGACCGGCCCAACCUCCGCCAUUGCCAACAUCCAGAGCUACAUCGGAGCCAGCGAGGACUCAGACGGCCUGAUGGCGGUCAGCUGCUCGUCCGUCGACAGCCUGCCCAAAAUCAUCUUCACCAUCAACGGCGUCCAGUACCCCCUGCCCGCCAGUGCCUACAUCCUGGAGGAGGACGGGAUCUGCACCAGCGGCUUCGAGGGCAUGGACGUCUCCACUUCCACUGGAGAGCUCUGGAUCCUGGGUGACGUCUUCAUCCGCCAGUACUACACCGUCUUCGACAGGGCCAACAACCGGGUCGGCCUGGCUGCAGUGGCCUAA